GAGUAUGCAGGUUGUGAUGGUGAUCCAUUCUACACAGUGCAGCUGGCUAUUUCAAAGGGGAGGUCGUUUUUAAUUGGAUUUUGGCAACAGCACAGCACGGCUAAUUUUAAAUAAGUGUCAUGCAUUUUCAUGAGUGAAACUGCCUGGCAGUGGGAAUUAAAUUAACAAGAUAACAGCCGAGCAACUCUGCCAUUUCAGAACCAUAUUGUGGACCUGUAGAUCUGACACCCCACCCAGCUUGGUGUGGAAGUAAUUCUAUUACGCCUGGAUUGGAGGAGUGUCACCUCUUUACAUGGAGACAAUGGGAUUAGGAUUUGUUUAUGAAAAAAAAUAUUCAAUUAGUUGUAGCUAACAAAAUAAUUCUAUAAAUCUUCCCCAUUUUCCACUUGCAUUAACUACAUAGAUUUCAGAUGUUUAGUUUUGAAAGAAAUGCAUGUCAUAGCAAACUUUAAAAUAUGAUGGGGGUUAAAUAGUUUUCAGUUUGCUUGCCUGGCCUUCCAGGAAGUCUGUUACUGCUUUACUUCUUAAAUAUCAAUCUGUUUUAUUUACUACCUCAUGUAAGAACUAAGCAGUUGCUCCCAGCAGUCUUGCUGCAAUCCGAAUACUUCACCUGCAGCACAGGAAGUGGUUAGUUACCAGGAAGCACAAUUUGAAUAUGCAGAUGUUUCACAGAAUAUUACAUGAAGUUCUACAUUCAUUAAAAUAAAUUACCUGCAAAUGACCACAAGACAUUCAUCAUCGUGAUAAGGGAUACAUUGAUGUCUCCAAAUGGGGAAGUUGAUUAGAGAAAAGACAAUUUUGCUACGAUAAGUGUGUUUUUGUAUUGAGUGAAUGGGAAUUGGAUCUGGAAUACAUUAUUACUAGUGAUUUGUAACGUAUGGUUCUCACUGUAUCCAUCCUCUAACAUAAUAAUGUUUUCCCCAUCCUUGCUGGAGUAGCUGAGACGCAGAGUUUUGAGACGGGUCCAAGUGUGUGUUCAUUUUCUUCACUGUGUUCCAGGAAGAAGAGUCUCCGAAUGGGGACAUGAAGAGGGUGGAGAGUUCGCCGGUGCCUCUGAAGCGCAACCACUCCUUCUCUGAGCGAGACCUGGUCCAGCUGCAGAGCGAGAUGGCACAGUCACAGUCUGCGUCGGCACACUUUGCUGGGAGAGGGGAGCGGCCGCGCUCUGGAAGUGUGGGCCUCUCAUCCAGGGAUGCGAUUCACUAUAGGGCUUCUUCCCCUGCUGGGGGUCUGGCAGCCAAGAGGUCAGUGGCGUUCUCCCCUGGGAGAGGCUCACUUAGCUCAGUGGAGGAGAGGUCAGAGAGAGACGGCAGCUCUUUGUCCAAACACAGCUCCACGAACCAGUGGAUGGAAGAGUUCAGCCAUCCUGUGGAGAGUCUUGCUCUGACCAUAGAGGAGGUGAUCACCGUGCGCAAGGUGUUGGUGAAAGCUGAAAUGGAAAAGUUCCUUCAGGACCGGGAGCUGUGCAAUAACCUGAAGAAGGGAAAGGUUUGUUGCUGCUGUCGAGUGAAGUUCCCAUUGUUUUCAUGGCCGUCGAGUUGCCUCUUCUGCAAAAGAAAUGUGUGUGGAUCAUGCAGUGUAAAGAUGAAGAUCCCUUCAAAGAAGCUGGCACACAUACCUGUUUAUGCCAUGGGUUUUGAGAGCACUGGAGGCCGUCACUCCAAGAAGCAUGAUGUCUAUCAGUCUCUAAGGAGUCUGAGCUGCCGGUCGGUUGAAGAGGAGUUCCCUCAUCUCUAUGCCAACGGCUGCAGUCUGAAGGAUAUCUGCACUGAGUGCACCAAGUUUGUCGGUGAUGUCAUCACCUCGAGCCGGAAGAGUUUGGACAUUCUGAACACCACACCCAGAAAAGCCCAAUCCCUGCGUGUCCCUGUUGGCAGGUCUGCAAAGUAUAAAUAAACUCCUUUUUCGGGACUUAAUUCAGCCAUCUCCGAACUGAAAAAGCAUAAUGUUCCUUUACCGGCAUGUUCUAAAUAAUGCAGUAUUGCCUGUGAUAGCUUCUCCUUCCGGUUCUCUCCUGAAGCACAUUCCUCAGCAUCUUGUCUGAAAGAACAGCUGUACAGUCGGCCAGGUAUGGCCUUGCAAACCCACGGAGUGUGUUGCCAUUGGCUUUGCAAAUCACAAAAUCAUUGUAAAAGUAUUUAAUGAAUGUGAUCCACAACUACAUCUGAAAUAUGCCUUCUGUAUUGGAGUGGACAGCAACAUUCUGCCUUGCCUCAACAAGUGCAGCUUGGAUUUAAAAAAAGGGAACAUGCAAGGCAGUGAUUCAGGAAAGGUGUUGGGAUGGGAUUAUGAAACUCCAGAAACUUGAAAAAAGACACUAACCUUUCUAUGUUGUCCACACUGAGAACUAGCGAAAUAUUCUUUAUCUAAGCGUUAUAGUUCAUCAGGACUUCCAUCAUAACCACCAUGGAUGUGGCUUGAGAUGUACAGUAAUUCCUGAUGAAAGAUUUGUAUGUAUAUAAAAAACAACACAUGUAUUGCUAUUGCUGCUGCUGCUGCUGCAGAAUGAAAGAAAAUGCACCUCCUAAAGUGUAAAGCAGAAGACUACUGUUUGUCUUUUAUGUGUAUAUAUGAGGAGUACCAUUUUUUUUUUAUCCCUCAGUAAACAAAUAUGAUGUACAGUAUUUGCAUUGGAAUUCUGCAAUCCAGACCUUGUAUUGAGACAUGUUAUCCACCCAGUAGCUGGUCUUUAAUUGAUAGCAUGGGAAUGUUUUCAUUUUAAUAACGUAACUCAACAGGGUAGUUACACAUGAAUGGUUGCAUUUCCAACCAUUGAGUUCUGUGGUUGCAGAAUUACAACAAGGCUACUACAGCAUGAAGAGCCAAGAUGGAUUUUCAUAAUGGCAAUAAUAACCUAGACCUACUGAAGCUACCAGUGCGGUCUUUCAUUAAGAUUGCUUCCCAGUUAAUUUUAAAAAAAAAGUUUAACUUGUUUUUAUGUCCUGCUGCUCUGGAGAGUUUAUGUUGUGUGUUGUGUGGUUGUUUUUUUUUUUUUUUGGUUUUUUUUUUAUACUUGGUUUGUGUUUGUCAUGUUACCCUACAUUUGUUCUCAUGAGAAAACAUUGUAUGCUAGAUUUGUGACGAUAGGGAAAGCUACCUGGCUUUGAUUCUCCAGUUAGCUGUAUUAAAAUGGUGCCAACAGCAAAAGGAUCAUCUUAACACGGAAUAAAAUGAAACUGCAAUAAAACUGUGCUGUAGUG